AGCGGCAGCCAGCAAACAUCUUUUGACCAGAAGAUGAUGAGCGCUUCACUCCCUUCUGCCACAAUUAGGCCGUCUGCCUCUUUGUUCUUCUUCCACCACCCAAAACUCCCCCAGACAGCAGCAUCUUCUCAGAAAACCCACUUCCUCCUCCUCUCCACAGCUGCUCCAAAUUCAUGGCCCCUCCCAACAAUUCCCUGCCUCUCCUCAUCUUCAUCUUCCUCACUGAGCCCACAAGAGGAGGAAGGAAAAGGAAAAACAGAGAGGGGUGGUUAUGAGGGCACAGUUGAGGAUCUUACAGUUCCUCAGGAUUGGUUAGUCCCUUCAAAAGCCCUUCAGGAAUCAGAAUGGCUCAGAGAGACUCUCCACAAAUGGCUCGACGACGAGUACUGUCCCGAGCCAACCAACGAAGAGAUUAGCAGAACCGCGGCACGCUCGUUCUACGAAUCUCUGAUGGCGAAACAGACUGAUUUGGGUGACAUAUUGCUGAAGAUGGUUGGAGAAUUGGAAACUCUUUCUUACCAGCAGAGCUUCCAUGGGCCGUUUUCGUCAGCUAAUGCGGCCGUUCGCCUGAUAACGUUACGAAUGGAUUCAGCAACUCGGCAAUAGAGGCACGUAGACGUCGUUUUAUCCUGUAUCUUGCCAUGUUUUUGGAUUAUGUAAUCUUCCUUACUCAAGAGAAUUCUUACAGAUGGUUGAAAAACAAUGCAGGAUUUCUAUGAGGUUAUGAUAGAAAGAAAGGUUUAUGUA